AUGGCUAUCAAGGCGAUCGUCAUCGUCGCUGGAGUUGGCCCAGGUACGGGCAGUGCCAUUGCACGUAAAUUUGGUGCCGCCUAUUCAAUUGCGCUUCUGGCUCGUAAGCGAGAAAAUUAUGAGGGCUUAGUAAAAGAGAUAAAUGAAAGAGGAGGCAAAGCCAUUGGAUUCAGUACAGAUGUAUCUAGUGAAGAGAGUAUAAAGGCGGCUUUUAGUAAUAUUCAUAAGGAAUAUGGAAAUGCACCAAUCGCUACGGCCAUUUUCAAUGCUCUAGGAAUCUUUUUAAAGAAGCCUCUAUUGGAAAUAAGUGUGGAUAAGUUUGGAGCAUCCUGGCAGGUGAGCUGCAAAGGAGCAUUCAUCCUUUCGCAAGCUACUCUUCCUGGACUGCUCAGACAGGCCACAGAUAUUAAUACACUGCAUCUACCGACUCUAAUUUUCACGAAUACAACUGCAGCCAUUAAGGCAAAUGCGCGAGUGUCUGCUAAUAACCUACUCUACAAUUUGAAACACCGUCCUAUAUGUCUAAGCGCGAUUGCGGAUCUAAAGCGCGUCGAACAAUUCUUACAUUUACUAGAGAUACUCGCCAGAAACCCAACCACGGUCACACGCUCUAGGCGGAGAGGUUUUAGCGUACGUAUCCUUGGCUUCCCCGCUAUUGCCUUGUUUGCCUGUGUUAUCUACCUCACAUUUACGCCUGCAUGUUACAACAUCAGAACUACAGUCGCUUGGCAUCUUGCACUUAUGAAGCCAGUGAAAUGCUGUACCACUUGUCGCCGCCGACACAGGAGAUGCGUCACUCAGCCGGGAGCCUCUCAAUGUAGCACUUGCCUUGAGUCAGGGCAGGAAUGCCAAUUCGACAAUGACAUUCGGUUCAAGCAUAGUCAUUCAAAAACUGAGAAGCAGUCAAGGAGAGAAUGGGCUAAAGUUCCCUCUAAGACACCACGCGGAAUCGACGGUAUGGUGUUGGAGGAAUCAGGUAGUAACUCUACAAAGGACGAAGCUGCCAAGAACCUGUCGCAAACUGCGCAGAUACCCGAAGAAAUGAUAGAAGUAUCUGUUAAUGAUCUUGCACAAUCUGGACCUCAAGUUGUGCCCUUGAACCCGGAACUCGACUACAGGAAAUCAGCUUCCAACUUCAUCGCCAACUCUUUAGUUGAUGACCCUUCAGUCCGUGACUCUGAUGAAUAUUUCGACCAUGCUACAGCCCAAGACCUACCGGUUCAAGUUCAUAUUUCAUCUCCAUAUGAGUUGACUGAACGAGAAGCCUUUCUUUUCAUGAUCUAUAUUUACAAAUGUGCACCCUUGUCUGAUGCAUGUGACGAUGCCCGUCAUUUCGAACUCGAAGUUCCCCGAUUGGCCCUUCGCCAACCCAUGAUAAUGAACGGUCUACUCGCCCUCGCAAGCCGCUACGAUUCUCGAUGCAUGGACACGUCCAACGACAUUGAAAGCACAUUUUACCACAAUAAAUGCAUAAAGCUUCUUAUAGAAGCUUUUGCUCAACCCCCUGAAACAUGGGACUCAACGCUCCUUACAGCCGUUGUAAUCGCGCGACUGUAUGAGGAGAACGAUAACGAGACUGAUUCCUAUUACCAUCAUCUCAGUGGAACGCAGAACCUUCUGAAUCAUGAGGCAGUCGCUAGGUUUGUGAUACAGGGGGGAUUAGCUGAAGCUGCAAGUUGGGUUCAUCUUCGACAAGUAAUCUACAUCUACGUAGUGCGCAGGAGGCCUAUCGAGAUAUGCCUUGAGAGCUUUGAGAGGUCAACUGUGUUUAGAAGAUGUGACGAUUCAGCAUAUGCGAACAGAGCGGUCUAUAACUUCGCCAAGAUUAUGAGGCUAUUUCUACAAGUUGAAAAUUUGGACAGUGAUCAAGACGAGUGGCAGGCAGCUGAGAUGGAGGUAGACCGGUGGUAUGACGCUAAGCCCGUAUCUUUUCAACCUGUAUUUCAUAUUUUGGCGGACCUCUCGGCAAACAGACCGUUCCCGACCCUUUACUUCAUUGCAUCAGUGCCCGGUGGAUAUUGCAUAAGAGACCCAUGUGAACAGACCCAUGCCAUUUGUUACCUUGAGAAGGUUAACGAAGUGAUUAAGUGGAAGACAAAGGAACUUAUUGCAACGCUGAAGGAAAAAUGGCAUGAUGGAGAGAAACAUGAUUCUCACUAA